CCUGGACCAAGAGUCCACCUGACAUUGUUACAGAGUUUAGAUCAUUACACUGACAAGCCCUAAACCAAAGCUUCCUUAACUGCCAUUAUACUUAUUUGAAUUAUCAGUGGAUAUAAUUAAAAAGAAUGGAAAUGAAAAGGUAUCCAAAUGAUGGGUGUUGUGAGAGAUUACAUUUAGAUGUCUCUGUUGAUGAACGCACCCCUCAGCAUGGGAUAUUAGAACUUCUUAAGAAACUGAGGCCAGAGUGGAAUCCAGAAGAUAUUCAGAUCAAGGCUUUCACUGAGGGCAUCACUAACCAAUUAAUGGGCUGCUAUGUGGGCUCUCUGAUGCAAGACCCUGUUUUACUGGUGAGGGUUUAUGGACAGAUGACUGAGCUUUUUAUGGACAGAGAUAAGGAAAUGGAGAUGUUCAGAGUGCUACACAAACAUGGCUGUGGCCCAGAACUGUACUGCAGUUUUAACAAUGGUAUCUGCUAUGAAUUUGUCAAAGGAGUUGUACUGGAUGACACACUGCUCAGACAGCCGUCUGUUUACAGAUUGAUUGCAACAGAAAUGGGGAAAAUCCAUUCCAUAAAGUCUGGAGAAACUGGGAACAGUUCACCCGUUUUGUGGUCAAGAUUGUCUCGGUUCCUUAAUCUGGUCCAGAGUUCUGAUGCUCCUAAACAGCAGAAAUCUGAUGUGGAGGCACCUUGCCUAAAAAUCAUCAUCAAAGAGAUGGAGGAACUGAAAUGUCAUCUUACCCACAUCAACUCCCCAGUAGUACUAUGUCACAAUGACCUCUUGACUAAAAAUGUCAUCUAUAACCAAGAAAAAGGCGCAGUAAAAUUCAUUGACUAUGAAUAUGCAGAUUUUAAUUACCAAGCAUACGAUAUUGGAAACCAUUUCAAUGAAUUUGCAGGUAUCAAUAAUGUUGACUCCAGCCUGUACCCUAGCUGUGAACUUCAGUUUGAUUGGCUUACUGCUUAUCUGGAGAGUUUCAAGUGUUUCAGUGGCGUGGAUUCAACUGUGACCAAGAAAGAAGUCCUGGAACUUUAUGUACAAGUCUGCAAGUUCUCCUUGGUGGCUCAUUUUUUCUGGUGUCUAUGGGCUCUCCUGCAGGCAAAACAUUCCACCAUUGACUUUGACUUCCAGAGGUAUGCCAUGGCUCGAUUCAACUACUACUUUGAAAAGAAGCAAGAGUUCUUCGGAAUGAAGCUUCCUUGAUUCUUCUACAAGCCUAGUUCAAGAGGUUCUGAAAGAGCCCAUCUGUCCUAAGAUCACACGCAUUAUUUCUAUAUUUAGUUUUAUCAUCAUACUGUAGGAUUGAAAGUUACAGGUCCUGUUACAACCCCUUCUUUACAAAAAGGCACAUUUGGAAUUCUAGGUAUAGUGAUCAAGACCUAUAGGCUGAGAUGUUUAUAAUUGAUUAAAUACAUAUACAUGUAUGUGUAGACAUAAAAAUAUAAAUAUGAAAUAAAGUUCUAAUCCAAGUAGAAA